AGUAUUUUCAUUCGGCGGUUUCGACAGUAGGCAGUCAGACGAUAUAGUUGAUACCAAAAUGAAGGCUGCAUGUAUCAUUUUAUUUAUCGGCCUCGUUACCUCCGAAUCUUCAAUCGCCUCAGUGCUCUCCCGCCUGCUGGACCAAGCCAAGCGCUCCAAAAGCCAGAGUCCCGUGAUCCUGGUCAUCAACAGCAGAGCCCUGGAGGACUCCUCAACCAGCGAGGAGGCCAUCGCUGAACCAACUUUCAGAGGGAGUGGAGAAAGCAAUGGGAUUUCACUCAUGACCAUUUUGACACAGCUCCAAAAAGCCCGCCAAGCUCCCAUCCGCCGCCCGCGCCCCCGCCUCAUCCGAAAACCCCAACGGCCAGUCUACAAGUCCCUCCUAUCGCUCCGUAACUCUCUCCGCUGCGGCGCGCAAGACGAAUGCAAGAACGAAUGCUCAGAGAUCCCGAAACCGAAGGAGCAGAUAAAGUGCGACGUAAAGUGCGAGCAGAAGUACGAAUGCGAGGAGGAGCCGAAGUGCGAGGAGGGUAAUUGCGACGACGGGAACCCGAGCACUCGCGGACCGCCGCCCGACGAGCAGGGCCCGACUGGGUGCACUAGAUGCUAAUAGAAUACCUAGUGAUGCCCAGCAGACUAUAUUUUACCAACAUCCUAGUUUUAUUCAAAUUUGAGUUUCAUUUUUUCGGAAAUUUUUAAAGACAAAAUAAAUGGUCCUUUGUUCGUUUAAAUAAAACUUGUUUCACGCCGAUUUUUGCUGACUA